AUGGGCAACAUGGCAACAGAGAUCGUUGCCUUUCUCCUGACCAUCUCGGGCUGGAUCCUGGUGUCGUCCACACUACCUACGGACUACUGGAAGGUGUCCUCUGUGGACGGGACGGUCAUCACCACGGCUACCUUUUGGUCCAACCUAUGGAAAACGUGUGUGACUGACUCCACCGGUGUGUCCAACUGCAAGGACUUUCCUUCAAUGCUGGCUCUGGAUGCAUACAUCCAGGUGUGUCGGGGUCUGAUGAUUGCCGCCGUAUGUCUGGGUUUCUUUGGUGCCACCCUCGCCUUGAUAGGAAUGAAGUGCACGAAAAUAGGAGGCUCGGAGACCACCAAGGCUCGUCUGACCGUCCUCUCGGGCUUCCACUUCAUUCUCAGCGGCCUUUGCUCCAUGAUUGCAUGCUCCAUAUAUGCUCACAGGAUCACAACAGACUUCUUUGACCCCCUCUUUGUUGCCCAGAAGUUCGAACUGGGAGCAGCUCUCUUCAUUGGCUGGGCUGGAUCUGUGCUGUGCAUCCUCGGAGGACUUAUCUUCUGUCUCUCCCUGUCUGAAGGCUUUAGUAUCAGAGCUGAAUACUCCUACAGUGGAGCGGCAUCGUUUGUGACAGCCCGCAACAAGCACAGCAAGACAGUCAACAGCCUCCGCAAGGAACCACGAGAGCCAUCGAGACAGUUUGGAAGAAAUGCCUACGUGUGA